AUGACGGGCGUGUUAUUGGUCUUGACCUGGCAUCUCCAGAGCUUGAGUUUGGCUUAUAACAACUUCAACAGUUAUCCCAUUCCAUCAAAGUUUCAGAAGCUGUCGAAUUUGAGGUAUUUGAAUCUAUCAAAUGCUGGUUUUGCAGGGCAGAUUCCUAUUGCUAUUUCGCAUUUGACAAAGUUGGUUACUCUUGAUUUAUCUAUCAAUUCUGACUUCUUCGAAACUGUUCCUUCCCUGACACUUGAGAAUCCAAAUUUAAAUAUUCUCGUUCAGAACCUUUCGGAGCUUAUCGAACUUUAUCUUGAUGGUAUAGCUAUAUCAACGCAAGGUAAGGAGUGGUGUCGUGUCUUAUCAACUUCGAUGCCAAAUUUGAGAGUGUUGAGCUUGUCAAACUGCAAUCUUUCAGGCCCUAUUGAUUCCUCGUUACAGAAUCUUAAGUCCCUCUCAGUUAUUCGGUUGAAUGGUAACGACUUUUCUUCUCCAGUUCCAAAUUUUUUUGCAGAUUUCAAAAAUCUGACAUCUUUGGAAGUCUCCUCUUCUGGUUUGAAUGGAAAGUUUCCAAAAAAGAUUUUCCAAGUUCCAACACUACAAACGAUCGACUUAUCAUACAAUGACCUGCGAGGUUCUUUGCCAGAAUUUUCUCCAAAUGUAUCUCUUCGAACCAUGGUUCUCAACUAUACAGGAUUUUCAGGGUCAUUGCCACACUCUAUUGGCAAUCUUAAAAUGUUGUCAACAAUAGAUCUUUCGAAUUGCAAUUUCAGAGGAUCAAUUCCAGACUCAAUGGCGAGCCUCACACAAUUGAUCUAUUUGGACAUGUCAUUGAACAUGUUUAGUGGAUCAAUUCCGAUAUUUAGCAUGGCCAAGAAUUUGACCAACCUAGACCUUUCUUUCAAUAAUCUUAUUGGUCAGAUUACUUCAACUCACUGGGAAGAACUUCUGCAUCUAGAGAUUCUUGAUUUAAGUUACAAUUCAUUAAACGGGGAUAUUCCAGUUUCAUUGUUUCCCCUCCCAUCAUUGCAGGCAUUACGAUUAUCCAAUAACCAAUUUUCUGGGCAACUCAAGGAAUUUUCCAACAUUUCUCCUAACAAACUAGAAGAGCUUGAUUUGAGCAAUAACGAGUUGGAAGGGCCAAUACCCACAUCUAUCUUUCAACUUCGAGGUCUUGUAAUCCUCCUUCUUUCUUCAAACAACUUUGAUGGCUCCAAUUUGUUCGUUGAAUAUAGUGGAUUUAACCUUUCAUCUUCCCACGUUCCCCAAAUUGCUUGGUUAGGCUUGGCUUCUAGCAAGUUGAAAAAAAUUCCUAAUUUCUGUAGAAACCAAUCCAUGUUAUACUCUUUAGACCUUUCGAGGAACCAGAUAUAUGGAGAGAUGCCUAAUUGGAUCUGGAAACUUCCCCAACUUAGAUUUCUAAAUCUCUCUUAUAACUACUUGGUCACUCUCGAAGGACCUAUUUCCAAUCUCUCUUUUAUUGCGAGAUCUCUAGACUUUCGAUCCAACCAGUUCCAAGGCCAACUCCCAGUUGUCCCACCUGUCAGCUACUUGGAUUUCUCCAUGAAUGAUUUUCAUUCUGCCUUACCAGCUAGCAUCGGUCAGUCCCUUGAAUCCACACAAUUCUUUUCUAUUUCAAGUAAUAAAUUAUAUGGGAGUAUCCCUGGAUUCAUAUGCAACGCUACAUAUCUUCGAUUUCUCGAUCUGUCUGAUAAUUACUUCAGUGGCACAAUUCCCCAAUGCUUGAUUGAGAUGAGUGGGUCUCUUCUUCAGGUAUUGAGUCUAAGGAGAAACAAUCUCAAUGGUACAAUUCCUAAUACUUUUCCACAGUCUUGUUAUUUACAAACUUUAGCUAUCAAUAAAAACCAUCUAGAGGGAAAGUUACCGAAAUCUCUGAAGAAUUGCCAUUCAUUGGAGGUCUUGGACAUUGGGAACAACCACAUCAAGGACACCUUCCCAUUUUACUUGAAUGGAUUAGCCCUAUUGAAGGUUCUUAUUUUGCGAUCUAACAAAUUUUAUGGGCCCAUUGAUCAUCCAGAGCUUGCCCCUUGGCCGAUGCUUCAAAUCAUAGAUGUAGCUUCAAACAAUUUUACCGGUAACCUUCCAAUAGUACUCCUUUCUACUUGGGUGGCAGUGAUGGAUCAUGCACAUGAGGCCAAAACUAAACUCAAUCACAUCCAUGUUCAAAUUGGUACUUUUUACUAUCAAGAUAAAGUAACAGUUAUUAGCAAGGGUUUAGAGGUGGAGCUAGUGAAGAUCCUAACUAUUUUCACCACCAUUGAUUUUUCUUGCAACAACUUUGAUGGUCCUAUACCUGAAGAAAUUGGAGAAUUCACAUUGUUAUAUAUUCUUAACUUGUCGCAUAAUGCUCUCAUGGGCCAAAUCCCAUCAUCUUUGGGGAAAUUGAGUAAUCUUGAGUCACUAGACUUGUCAAGCAACAUGCUUACUGGAGAGAUUCCUAUGCAACUCGCCAAUGGUCUUAUUUUCCUUUCGGUCCUCAACCUUUCGUUUAACCAAUUGGUGGGACAUAUUCCAUUUAUCAAGCAAUUCUCUACAUUUUCAGAAAAUUCCUUCAAAGGAAACGAAAGAUUAUGUGGUUUGCCUUUGAAAUCACAGUGCUCACAUGAGGAGCCACGAUUGUCACCUCCAACGCAUGAAGAAUCUAAUAGGAGUAUGAUCAAGUGGAAUUACAUAAGUGCUGAACUGGGAUUUGUUUUUGGGUUUGGAAUUGUAAUGGGGCCCCUUAUGUUUUGGAAGAGGUGGAGGAUAUGGUAUUACAAACAUGUUGAUGACAUUCUUUUCAAGAUCUUCCCUAAACUGUAUCUUGGAAAUGAAUAUCGUCGAAGACCAGCACUCAACAAUUAG